AUUCGUAGUAACAAGUUCAGUAAUACUGUUUCCAUGGAACGCUAUUGACUUAAUUUCACUUUUUAUAAGUUUGUAUCAAAUACUGCUACUGACUUAAUAGUCAGUUGCUAAGCAGAUUCAACUUGCUGUUCGUCAUUCUUUACUGUGCAUUUUGCCAAGUGGAAUACUCUUCCUCCGUAAAAGUUACAGGUGGUGUUAGAAUGGCGGAAGUGAGUUACAUUAGAAACCCUUAUCCUGUGCCGGAUGUAGUACGCGAAGGAGUGUGGCUACGACGACCUGUACUAGGUAAUAAAGUUUCACCCAAGGACAGAGACUGGAGUGCAAAGUUAAAAGCGCACGAACGUCUCUUUGCUCAUCAUACGCUAAACAGUAUACGGAAAGAUAAUAGGCUUUUGAGAUCACAGGUACCAAACGAUGCUCUGGAUCUGGCGCUUACAACCGUGUACAUUCACAGCAAAGAUACGUUGGUGCCCAAGAGCUACGUCCUAGUGCAACCAGAAACUUUAGGAAAGAGAACGUGGCGUGUUUUAAAAAAUCAAAUCGAGGUUUCCAAGACACCGGAUAUUCCAGUAACGGAAGAUCCCGUUUCGUUGCUUGUGGAAAAAGCAGAAUGUUAUCGUGGUCCGGUGCCAGAGAGACGAGUCCAUCCGAGUAGCGUGAAAUUAAAUAUCUCCGGACCUCACUCGGUUCAAUCUAAUCCCGGAUACAGUCGCAAAAUCGACGGAACUUUUUACAGUAUUUAAACAGUAUUUAAACACGGAUCUGUACGGUGUUUGAGAUGGAAACCCGACAGACAAAUCUGUGCUAACAAUCGUAUUUGAGGAAAUUAAAUCAACGAUUUUAUGAUUAUCAUCGGCACUGUCGAUCGUUUCUAUAUAUGUUUAUGAAUACGUAUCAUUUUGCCGUAAUAUCGCCGAUAAAUCUAUACGGUUCGUGUGCGAUUAGUAGAGUACUUCGUUUCAUACUUUGUUUUGUAUAUCUUCUCAAUUAUAGUGACAUUUCGAAGAAAAAUUGCCACGCAACGUAAUAUCUAGAUUGUUAUACAAUGCCAAUUAUUUUAUAUACGUAUGUUUCGUUAAAUGUAACGGUGCAAUAAAAAUUACAGAUUCUACGUAGAAAAGUGGGUGAUUUCAGUAAAUUGGAAAAUAUUCGUAUUGGAAACAAGGGUGCGGUAUAAUUAAUAGAAAUAGUAGCAAAUGUUUAGAAACCGAAAUGGAAUUUUACAACAGUUAGAGAAAUUUAGUACAUAAAAAAAUUAUUUAUUAACAUAUGGCAUGUAAUGGAAGCUCUAUCAACGGCGAACAUCAUAUCAGGGAAACAGAAAAAAACAUCCCAAAAAUCUCGAGCCAACCGAAAUCAUCGCGAUAACUGCCAUUUACUUAAGACACCCCCGAGGCCGAUGGUAUCGGACCCGAACAAUGUUGACAAAUUUGUUUCGUAGAUAUCUCACGGCGUCGUGAUGCGGUAUCUUUGGAAUCUUGGCAGCGAUCUGCCGCGUGCAGCAUCGGUUUCGCCCCUUUGGACAUCGCUGUGACAAGAAGCGAAAGCGUGAGUCAGUGCACGGUGCGUUCUCACUGUCGACCAACCGAAGGGACAGAAUGUCCCAUUACCCGGGUAAUCCUUGUUUGUAAUAAACCAGCACCCUGCUGCCAGGGGGUGGCAGCCACCCUCGCCGCAUAACGUCGCGGAGGUGGAGUCAUCUCCGCACGCAUAUGCUCCUCAUGGAAUAUCAUUUAUGUUUCGCCCCGUGCAGGCGUCUAUCUUGCCCCCGCGUUUGACCCGUUCAACCCCUCUGACACCCUCUUCCAGCAGAAACUACCCUCUACGUCCUUAUACAUACGCCUAAUCCGGCCAUGAUUGUCGUGGCGACCGCCUCGUCACGAAAACUCCUCCUCGACUCGUGCACCCGUUUUCUCUUCUUUUUUCUGUUUUAUUUGGUCUGCCACCAUCGGCUCGACCCCGUUAUCUUUUUAACGACAUUGGUAGGUGAGUCGAAGGGAAACGGGCCGCGAGAUUAUUGUUUCGCUACUAUGGCGAGAGAUUUUCGAGGGUUUCGACGGCUGGAAUUGGUGAAUUGUGAGGUUCUCGAAUGGGGUAGAGAGAUCUACAGAUUUAAGGACGGGGCUGGUUGAAUAGCAACACGAUUUGUAAUUGUUCAAAUUCUGUUGUAUCGUAAAAUAAAAUAAAAAUGCAAGUU